GCCGUGAGUGGAUAAGUACCGUGCAUCACCAACAGGCCAGACAUUCGAGACAGGCUGAAGAGCGACAGGUGUGUACCAGAUAGAAGAGGAAAGGGAAACGCCAUUGUCACAGGUUAUUUGGUCUCACUCAUUUCUCUUCAGCUUUGAGUUUUACCGGUUUUGCCACAUUUUAGGCGAUUCACUUUUCAGUUAACUUUUAAAGUUCCAGUACAAAGAGGUAGGCGUAAAUAACAUCUUUACCUGCGCGUUAAAGUUUAGCCUAAUGAAAUAUUAGACUAAUUCUUCCUUAACAUUUUUCCACUUCUCUAGAUAAACAUAGUUCUUUUUGUCUACCAAUUUUAGUUGUUUAGUCUAACUUUGACAAUUUAAGUAAUUAACCCAAACGUACAUAUUCUGAUUAGCCUAAUGUGGUUCAGAGAUUUCCCCCGAUGGCGUGGUAUUUUGUGUUCUAAGUAAACAACCUGCUUGUAAUGGAGAACCCUCUUUAAACUAAUUGACACAUUCCCAGCCUAGAGUAUGACACUGUGGUGGUUAUGCAACCUGGUCUCAGAGCAUUUCGUAUUAUUCUAACGUUAGCUAGGCUAGGUUUUAAGGUUAGGAGUUGGAUUACAAGGUUAGGGAAAGGGUUAGCUAACUAGUUAAAAAGUUUCUAAAAUGCUGAAGUUGUCCGUGAUGAGAUUCGAACUCGCAACCUUUGGGUUGCUAGACGUUUUCAUUAUAAACCCACCAGUGGAGGCUGCUUAGGGGAGGACGGCUCAUAAUAAUGGCAGGAAUGGAGUGGUAUCAACCACAUGGAAACCACGUCUUUGAUGUAUUUGAUAACAUUCCAUUGACUCUGUUCCAGACAUUACUAUGAGCCGUCCUAAGUAACAUAUGUCUUAUGUAACCAUACCAAACAUAACAUAUCACACUAAAAGGAGUGUCUCGGAUUUACGUACAGAAUAAUACGAAAUGUUCUGAGACCAGGCUGGGUUACAUGAUGGACCAACCUUGUGUAAACGUUAGGGGAAGUCUGUCAACAAACCUGGUGAAUAUGCACCACCCUAUAGGAUAAACUGGCACUCAUUUUAAAUGCAUUCUGAGUUUGGGCCCAGGCAUAGAUAGCAUUCUUUGGUUGUCUGGGUAGAUAUGUAGAGUAAUUUUUAAAGGUAAAAUGUGAAUGUUAUUUGGAGUGUGUAAUGACAAUGCUGAUUAACAGUAUAUGCUUCACUGAUAACCUUUGUAGCUAUUGGAAUGAUCACAUUUUUCUAUUGUCCCAUCUGUAAAGCUGACUUGACUUGUAACCUAAUUGGGUAAACCAUAGGACCGGGGUAUUCAACUUUUACCCUACGAGGUCCGGAUCCUGCUGGUUUUCUGUUCUACCUGAUAAUUAAUUGCACCCACCUGGUGUCCCAGGUCUAAAUCAGUCACUGAUAAGAGGGCCACAAUGAAAAAACGCAGUGGAACUUGCUGAGGUCCAAAGUUGCAUUUGAGGGCCAUAGGAGAAUGUCUGGGGUUGGAAUUUGACUCAUCCACAUUGUUUCAAAGAAUACCAAGAACUCCCCUUACGAAAAGAUUGCAGCCAGAGUGCAGUAUAACUGAAGUAUUCUGCAAAUACUGUCCAAAAGAAAAAAUUUACUGCAGUAAUUUUGCAGUGUAACUGCAGUACACUGAUGUUAUUCUUCAAUUGAUGCAUCCAAAUUAUCAGUCGACUCAGAAUGGUAAGGGUCAUCUAACCGUCUACUGGAACAUGACUUUUAAAGCUGGAAUCCAAACAGUUUUUUCAUCUCGGACAUAAUUGUACGCGCGAUAGAACAGCAAUAUGUACUGCUUAAAAAAAUAAAAAAAUAAAUUGCCGCUGCUCCAAACCUCCGCUUGGUCAACAAAACUAUAACGUCCGUAGGGCGAACAGUGGCGCCGUUUUCCCUACUGCGGAUUCCAUCUUUAAAAAGCUUGUAUUAUUGUAUUUCAAUUGUGUAUAUUACUUUGCUGUAAAUGCCUAUUCUGUGAACUGAUAUGGGGCUCUGACUUUUGGGAUUGCACUUCUGAAUUGUAGCCCAUUUCUUUUAUAGGAGGUGCAACAAGAACAGUAAUGGCUUUCGACUCGCUGCCCUCCAGAGUAGUCUUGCUCUAUGAUGAAUGGCUUAAACAGGCUGGUAAGUCUACACAAGUUGUCAUUUCGAAAGGGCAUUAUGCAAAUAUUUAUUGAUGUAGAAAGUGGAUACAAUUAUCAGUUCAGGUAUAGUGUUUACUAGGGAUAUCUAAGACUGUGGAAAUUAAGAUAUUUUAGAUUUUUUUUCUUGCUCCAUCCAUUCAAACUCUUUCCUGCCCUUCCUUGAGGCAUUGACUGAUCAAACACAAUUGGAUGGGUGUCGGGCAUGGGCUCAUUACAUUACACCUGUCCUGUUAUGUCAGAUUAGUGAUUACUUGACGUUUUUGAACAGGAUCCCUGGCUUGUCACAUUACACUCAGGAGUAAUGUUUUAUUUUGUCCACUCAGAUCCCAGGACAGAGGACUGGCCCCUAAUGGCAUCGCCGUUCCCCCAGACUCUCAUCGUCAUAACCUACAUCUACUUUGUCACGACGCUGGGCCCUCGGCUGAUGGAGAACCGCAAACCCUUUGACCUCAAGAACACCAUGGUCGUCUACAAUUUCAGCAUAGUGGGCUUCUCCAUCUACAUGAUCUAUGAGGUGGGUGCACUUCAGAAAUCUACUGGCCACCAUAACUUUACACUUGAAGGUCCAAUGCAGCUGUUUUUAUCUCAAUAUCAAAUAAUUUCUGGGUAACUAUUAAGUACCUUACUGUGAUUGCGUUCAAUUAAAAUGGUCAAAAAUAAAUGAACAGCUUAGCAAAGAGCAAUUUCGCAAUAAUUUUGCUAGCACUGUCAAGGAGUAGUCUUGAGUGGAGAGGUUGAAACUGAAAACUAGCUGUUAUUGGCAGAGGUUUGGCACUCUUUCUUAGUGGUAUAUUAACUAUACUAAAAAAUAUAUAUAUAAACUCAACAUGUAAAAUGUUGGGCCCAUGUUUCAUGAGAUGAAAUGAAAGAUCCCAGAAUUUUUCCAAACGCACAAAAAGCUUAUUUCUCUCAAAUGUUGUGCACAAAUUUGUUUACAUCCCUGUUAGAGAAUAUUUUUACUUUGCCAAGAUUAUCAUCCACCUGACAGGUGUGACAUAUCAAGAAGCUGAUUAAAUGGCAUGAUCAUUACACAGGUGCACUUUGUGCUGGGGACAAAAGGCCAAAAUGUGCAGUUUGGUCACACAACACAAUGCUACAGAUGUCUCAAGUUGAGGGAGUGUGCAAUUGGCAUGCUGACUGCAGGAAUGUCCACCAGAGCUGUUGCCAGAGAAUUGAAUGUUAAUUUCUCUACAAUAAGCCGCCUCAAGUCAUUUUAGAGAAUUUGGCAGUACGCCCCACUGGCCUUACAACCGCAGACCACGUGUAACCACGCCACGUGGCCUGAUUGGUGGAGUGCUGCAGAGAUGGUAGUCCUUCUGGAAGGUUCUCCCAUCUCCACAGACGAACUCUGGAGCUCUGGCAGAGUGGCCACCGGGUUCUUGGCAUGUGGACGCCUUAAAAAGGGAUCUGCAAUAAGCUCAAGACUGUUGGAUGGACGUUUUUUCCUCUCCUCUCCUCUCUCCCAUUAAGAGUGCAUUAAUUGACUAUUUGCCAUAUUCUAAUAAUUCUCAUGUGCCACGGAUCUAGUGCCCAUGCACUCUUGUAGAUAUGAAAUAAUUGGAUGGUGAAACUUGCCAGCCAACCAGAAAAGCAAGGUGACGCAAUUCAGGCAUUUUGAACGUCAGGACAAUCUUUGUCCUGCAAAGAAACCAUUUUUAUAGUGGGGGGAUUUUUUUUUUGAUUAUGCAAGAAUUAGGCAUUUUAGAAUUGAAUGUGGAGUGGCGCUUAUAAACUCAGCAAAAAAAAAAAAACGUCCUGUCACUGUCAACUGCGUUUAUUUUCAGCAAACUUAACGUGUAAAUAUUUGUAUGAACAUAACAACAUACAUAAACUGAAGAAGUUCCACAGACGUGACUAACAGAAAUUGAAUAAUGUGUCCCUGAACAAAGGGGGGGGGGGGUCAAAAUCAAAAGUAACAGUCAGUAUCUGGUGUGGCCACCGGCUGCAUUAAGAACUGCAGUGCAUCUCCUCAUGGACUGUACCAGAUUUGCCAGUUCUUGCUGUGAGAUGUUACCCCACUCUUCCACCAAGGCAUCUGCAAGUUCCCAGACAUUUCUGGGGGGGAAUGGCCCUAGCCCUCACCCUCCGAUCCAACAGGUCCCAGACGUGCUCAAUGGGAUUGAGAGCCGGGCUCUUCGCUGGCCAUUGCAGAACACUGACAUUCCUGUCUUGCAGGAAAUCACGCACAGAACGAGCAGUAUGGCUGGUGGCAUUGUCAUGCUGGAGGGUCAUGUCAGGAUGAGCCUGCAGGAAGGGUACCACAUGAGGGAGGAUAUGUCUUCCCUGUAACGCACAGCGUUGAGAUUGCCUGCAAUGACAAGCUCAGUCCGAUGAUGCUGUGACACACCGCCCCAGACCAUGACGGACCCUCCACCUCCAAAUUGAUCCCACUCCAGAGUACAGGCCUCGGUGUAACGCUCAUUCCUUUGAUGAUAAAUCGACUCCGACUAUCACCCCUGGUGAGACAAAACCGCGACUCGUCAAUGAAGAGCACUUUUUGCCAGUCCUGUCUGGUCCAGCGACGGUGGGUUUGUGCCCUUAGGCGACGUUGCCGGUGAUGUCUGGUGAGGACCUGCCUUACAAAAGGCCUACAAGCCCUCAGUCCAUCCUCUCCCAGCCUAUUGUGGACAGUCUGAGCACUGAUGGAGGGAUUGUGCGUUCCUGGUGUAACUCGGGCAGUUGUUGUUGCCAUCCUGUACCUGUCCCGCAAGUGUGAUGUUCGGAUGUACCGAUCCUGUACAGGUGUUACAUGUGGUCUGCCACUGCGAGGACGAUCAGCUGUCCGUCCUGUCUCCCUGUAGCGCUGUCUUAGGCAUCUCACAGUACGGACAUUGCAAUUUAAGGCACGUUUACGCAGAUGAGCAGGGACCCUGGGCAUCUUUCUUUUGGUGUUUUUCAGAGUCAGUAGACGGGCCUUUUUUAGUGUCCUAAGUUUUCAUAACUGUGACCAUAAUUGCCUACCGUCUGUAAGCUGUUAGUGUCUUAACGACCGUUCCACAGGCUCAUGUUCAUUAAUUGUUUAUGGUUCAUUGAACAAGCAUGGGAAACAGUGUUUAAACCCUUUACAAUGAUCUGUGAAAUUAUUUGGAUUUUUACGAAUUUUCUUUGAAAGACAGGGUCCUGAAAAGGGGACGUUUCUCUUUUUGCUGAGUUUAGUUACGUGAUGACAUCGUGUACCUUCAAAAUUAUUUGGCAAUCAUUUAUUUGAAAAACACCCUUUCAUCAUUUGUGGCAACAAAGGUUAGACAAAAAGAAAAAUCCACCCCCUGUCGAACGGAUAAGUGUUGUCGGCCUGUAGAAAAUGCUAUUUUUUUGCGAAUAAACCUGGGUCAAUGGAAACCUGCCUACUGUGUGGAGAGAUGCACACACACAGGAAAUCACGUUUUUGACUGCACUGGGCCUUUUUUAAAGUCUUCUCUCAUGAGAAAUAGAAUGGGUUUAUUUGUACUACUACGCUGCCAUAUGCUGGUGGUUACUUGCAAUAACACCAGAGUGACUUUUUCAUUAGGUGCUUUGAAAAGUGGGAUGUCUGGUCUUUUCUCACAUGGGUUUUCCAAUGUUUAACUAACCUUAACUUGUUUGUGUUAGUAUCUGAUGUCUGGUUGGGCUAAUGGUUACUCCUACCGCUGUGACCUUGUUGACUACUCCAGCAAUCCUCUGGCUGUCCGGGUAAGCUACUUUCACAUUGCGCUAGCAACAUACUCUUUGAAUAUGAAUGUGAAUACUCCUGUAUCUCUGAAUUGGGUGGACAGAGGCUAAUGUUUGACUGUUACCCCCUCAGAUGGCAUGGACCUGCUGGCUGUACUACUUCUCAAAGUUUAUUGAAAUGUUGGACACAGUAAGUACUGUUCUAUCCUGUUUAGUUGUACAACUGUAGUCAAGUAGAACAUUUUUAUGACUUAAACAUGCUGUUACUAGAGCAUUAUAUGAAAGACAGUCUAAAACCCUGUUAUUUUCUUCUCAGAUCUUCUUCGUCCUCCGCAAAAAGACCAGCCAGGUGACAUUCCUUCAUGUCUUUCAUCACUCCAUCAUGCCCUUCACCUGGUGGUUUGGAGUCAAGUUUUCAGCAGGUAGAGCAAUAGACUUGAAAUGGAACUUGUGAAUCUGAGUUGGUAAUUACCCAACAUUAUGCAACUUCAUCUGUUGCCAUUUGGAACCAUACAAUGUUAUUUUUUUUGAACCAGGUGGUAUGGGAACCUUCCAUGCCAUGUUGAACUGCUGUGUCCACGUCCUUAUGUACUCCUACUAUGCCGUGUGCGCUAUGGGACCUGCCUAUCAGAAGUACCUGUGGUGGAAGAAAUACAUGACUACCAUCCAGCUGGUAUGUUAAUACUUCUAAAGUGUGCCGUGUUCAUUAAUCGUAUUGAGGACAGUGCUUGACUUAGACUGAAAUAGGUGCCGGUACUCAUUUUGGGUGCCGGGACUGUUUUUAUAGUUAAAUGCAGGAGCUCCACAAUACGUUUGAGCUAAUAUUCUAUAACAGGAACAGGAGCUCAAGCAGUAGAACAUUUGAGGUGCAGGUACUCUGCUGUGGUGAGCUCAAGCCCUGAUUUAGGAUUAACAAUUUAAGAAACAAAGCUUGUUGAAACGUCCAAAUUUGUACUUUAAAAUGGUUUCCUUCAAUGCUGCCCCCUUUAAGACCUGUACAUCUGCAUUGUAGUGGUUUAGUCACCAUAUAAUGUAGUAUCUUAAUCAUGUUUUCUAUUUCUCUAGGUUCAGUUUGUGAUGGUGACUGUCCACAUUGGCCAGUUCGUCUUCAUGAAGGACUGCCCCUACAAGUUCCCGGUCCUUCUCUACAUUGUUGGUCUCUACGGGCUGAUCUUCCUGGUUCUCUUCCUCAACUUCUGGUACCACGCAUACACAAAGGGAAAGAGGCUGCCCAAGGUCACGCAGAACAGCAAGGCUCUCCAGAAUGCCAACGGUGCUCACCAUGCCAAUGGGAUUCACCAUGCCAAUGGGAUUCACCAUGGCAAUGGGGUCGCCAAGGCGGCAACCAACGGCAUCUCCUAUGGCACAACCAACAGGGUCGCAAACGGCGUUCACCAUGGCAACGUCGUUCACAAAAAGGAAGAG